UCAUCGGCGUUUGCUUUGAGUGAAUCUCAACGACUACAAUCUAUAUCAUUUAUCCGUAAAAAAAACACAUCGCAAUCGUUUAAAAAUGUCGUUUAUUCUAAAUUUGGUGGGCGCGACCCAAAACCCGACUGGGUCGACGGCGCAGAUGGGAUCGUUGGAAGACGGUGCUCAUGGACGCAGCACCAAGGAAAUGGCCGGACUGAAGAGCUGUUGCUUUUUCUUCGAUCUGAAAAUGGGAUGCAAGCUUAUUGCCUUCUUCGAGGCUCUGCUUGGAUUGAUGCAGAUAUACCAGUGCUACAAUCUGGUCAAUCAAUCAGAAAUUAAGACUGUAACUACUGUCACAAGUGAGGCAGAAUUUGUCACACGGGCGAUCGAAGACGACAUAAUGGAUCCCCAUUCGAGCCAAGCCAGUGAGAAUCACUUUUUUACCAUGGCCCUGGAAACGGUGGCUGUCUUGAAGUCGAUUCUGCUCAUUAUAGGAGCUAAAAUUGAGCACAAAACUUGCCUCUUGCUGUGGCUUUACCUUACAGUUUUCGUGGUAUUUAUGUUCAUGCUCAAUACUCUGUUCAUCAAUCUGGUUGUUGAGCAUUUGGUCAUAGAGGCGCUGUCAGUAUCAUUUCCAGCUCUAGAGACAUAUUUUGGAUUCGUAGUUCUGUCAUUCUACUGGGAGGUACAGCGAAAACGCGACGGCAGCCCCUCAGAAAUCGAAGUGCUCUACACAGCAAGUGAGGACAUUUAGGGGGUCCCUUGCUGACAAAAAAAUAAACUUCCACAAUUCAUAAUUUACCCGUUUAAAUUAGCUUUAAAUUCCAAGCACAACAUUCACACAAUUUAAGCUAAUCCUUAAGGUCUAGUAUGGCUUUAUCUUGGAUAUAAACAUUGGAAAUAAAUAGAAUUCUGGCUAAUA